UUGCAUUUCCAGCAGCAUUUUAUAGAAACAGUGUAUUCAUUUUCAAUUCAGAAAGCCACCGUCUACAGAGGUACUACAAUGUGGAUCCCUAGGAUUCGAAAGAUUUUUUUAUUGUUAAAACUUUAAAAGUUGUACUUUAGAAAGAAGGGUAAUCAGGUCGCAUUGCAACAAACCCCCAGCAGGCAGCCGCCAGACAGGCUUAAACGAUCGCAGCUCCCACUGGCUUUGCUGACGCGCCACACUCUAGCUUUGGCGUGAUGACGUCACGCAUAUUUCCUGCCCGCAGUCGGGUUGUUGUGCCGACAAGUCCCCGCCCCAGUCAUGCCAUUGACAGGACCUAGAAAUCCGGCAUCUAGGAAGAAAGACCGUGUAUUUUCGCGGCUGACAGCUGAGUUCUCCAUUUGACGCAUCCGCCUUGGAUACCUUGGAUUUUCGUGAAUGUUGAGCCCCGGAGCCCCUCUUCUUGGGUUUGUCGUGCAUGGGAGUGCUGUGGGGAGAAAGCGAAGUGAGAAGGUUUUAUUGAAGCUGAGGGCCUUCAGAUCAAACACUACAUCAUGAGUGACGGGGACAGUCAGUUCUACAGUGUGCAGGUUGGAGAUUCGACGUUCACAGUGCUGAAGCGCUAUCAGCAGUUGAGGGCGAUUGGCUCCGGGGCUCAGGGCAUAGUCUGUUCUGCGCAUGACACGGUGCUGGGUAUACAUGUUGCUGUGAAGAAGCUGAGCCGCCCUUUUCAGAACCAGACACAUGCCAAGAGGGCCUACAGAGAGCUAGUCUUAUUGAAAUGUGUCAAUCACAAAAAUAUUAUUAGUUUGCUAAAUGUUUUCACACCCCAGAAAUCACUUGAAGAAUUUCAGGAUUUGUACUUAGUAAUGGAACUGAUGGAUGCCAGUUUGUGCCAGGUUAUUCAUAUGGAUUUGGACCACGAGAGGAUGUCCUAUCUUCUUUAUCAGAUCCUGUGUGGCAUCCGACACCUUCAUUCUGCUGGUAUCAUACAUAGAGACCUGAAGCCUAGUAACAUAGUAGUGAAGUCGGACUGCACUUUGAAAAUUCUUGACUUUGGUCUUGCAAGAACAGCCUGCACUAACUUUAUGAUGACUCCAUAUGUAGUUACUAGAUACUACCGAGCUCCAGAGGUCAUCCUUGGAAUGAAAUACAAGGAAAACGUGGAUUUGUGGUCUGUGGGGUGCAUAAUGGCUGAAAUGAUUCUCCACAAAAUCCUGUUUCCAGGAAGGGACUAUAUUGAUCAAUGGAAUAAAGUUAUUGAGGUACUUGGCACACCUUCCUUGGAGUUCAUGAAUAGACUUAUGGAGACAGUCCGCAACUAUGUGAUGAACAAACCUCAAUACCCUGGUGUCAGCUUCCAGGAACUCUUUCCAGAUUGGGCCUUCCCUUCUGACUCUGAACAUGACAAGCUGAAAACAAGCCAGGCCAGGGAUCUGUUAUCCAAAAUGCUGGUAAUAGACCCAGAAAGGAGGAUCUCUGUACAGGAAGCUUUAAAUCACCCAUACAUCCACGUCUGGUAUGACCCUGCAGAAGCUGAUGCUCCUCCCCCACAGAUUUCUGACAAGCAGUUGGAAGAGAGAGAGCACAGCAUAGAACAAUGGAAAGAACUAAUCUACAAAGAAGUGAUGGAUUGGGAAGAGAGGAAUAAGAAUGGUGUGAUGAAAGAGGAACCGUCAGAUGCAGCAGUGAACAGCAGCACCACUGCUUCGCAGUCCUCCUCCAUCAAUGACAUCUCUUCGAUGUCUACAGAGCAGACCCUGGCUUCAGACACGGACAGCAGCAGCAUCGACGCCCUGACCAGUAACCUGGAAGAGUGCCAUUGAGCGCUCCCUCCCUCACGGACUAAACCGUCUCUCCGGAUCCACUGCAAGCAGCUUGUGCUACUCGGGCCGCGAUUUGUAGCUCGCUUUUUGGAAAAGUGAGCUGAACCAUAUUGUGUACGUAUCUUUUUUCGGCUUAUAUGAGAAGUCAUGUGAUAGAACAGCCGUGUCGAUCAGUUGGGGGACUCAGUGAAGUACUGUAUGCCCGCACAAUGCAAAAAUAGCUCUUCUUUUUAACUUUUAAGUUUGUUCAUGCCUUGGUGUCUUAUCUGCCUUUGAGGGAUGAAAGAUGUUCAUAUUUUGUCACUUUUUUUAAAGCAAAAUGAUGGAUUUUUAUCAUGGCACAUAUGAGCAAAAACCACAUUCAUAUCUUUACCAUCAUAAAUUGUCUUAUUUGUUGGAAAUCAACAAACCUUUCUGCCAAAAACACUAUGAAUUCAUUUUUAAUUGUAUUAGAAUUGGAAGACUUUCCAUACUAAAUCUGUAAAUGUUUUUAGGCCUUUUAAAGAAUGUCUGCUAAAGUGUAAUCUAUGGGGAAGCAUCACUUUUUUGCACUUUUUACUUUUUAAAGGUAAUCUUUUUAAAUGUAAAAGAAUAUAUUAUUUCCAUCAUCAUGGAGCUUUCCUACAUUGUUGCUCAUUUGGUUUCAGACAGGUGUUCCUGACUUCGGAACAUAAAAUUCAAGAUAGAUAAGCACAGUUCAGUUUUAUUUAAAAUAUCUACAAAAAAUCCAGGGCCCAUUCUGGGCAUGUGAAAGAAGGGAGAUAAAUUUAUUUAGAUUUUCACACUCGGGCCUUAACGAGAAGUAUUUUGCCUACCCUCCAAUUGAGCAAUAUCUGCUGUUCUAGACCUUUAUUAAAAUAUUAAAAUGUCUCUGCAUGUUGUAAAAAAAUAUGCCUGUGCUUUACUUAAUUGUAUUGAAAAUGCCUGCCUUUUCUAUUACAUAGCAUCAAUAUUACAGUGGAUAAGAGUCCGAAAGGCAACGCAUCCUCCUAACCAACACAGAAAUACAGUGAAGCUGGGUUGUUGUUUUUUUGCAUAUAUCUUGUGGGGAAAAAAGUGUUUUAGCUGCUCCAAGAGUCUAAAGAGGCAUAUACUGUACACGAAGGAACACAUAUCCAUUUAUUUGAACUUAUUUGUGUAACAAACCAGAUCACCAUGAUGUUUUGGUUAUUGGCAUAAAAAAAGGCUGACAGGUGAAAUCAAUUUGCACAAUCGUGCAGUUUGAACUGAAAGCUUUAGUCUGCUAUUGUCAGAUGACUAGCGCCUUUGCACAUAAUUUUGUGUGUUCACAAGGUUGAUCAUUCCAUGGUUAAUUAUUGUGUGGGAAAUAUAAGGAAAUGACAGUGAAUUGUGUAAUAUUUCUGCACUUUAAUCUGCAAAAGAAACCCCAGAUGUAUUUAAAUCCCUAAUUCCAAAACCCAGUGCUGAAGAUCUAAUUCCAAUCUCAAAACAAACCUAGUUUAUUCAUUUGAAAAGGUGAAUUUGAUCAUGAUGCACUCAUUAGCAAAAUGUGAUAAAUUGGGGGAGUUUUAAUGAGAUCAAAUGUUCUGUAAACUUCUGCAUUGUUAAAGAGACCUUAAACGGUAUGCAUUAGAGCAGAGUUCUCAAAUUCAGUUCCUUGAGGACCUGACUUUUCUUCCACCUGAGCUCUCUGUUACAUACAGUAGUUGGUCUAUUUAUUUAAUGACCAAAAUACUUCUAAUCAGGCUGUUAGUGUUUUGGGCAAGUGUAACUUUAUUGAAGUGCAUGACUUGAGUAAUCAACUGCAAAAGAAAAAGAGGAAAUAUAUGUUUUAGACCUCUGCCCCAGUGCUUUUUGAUUGUGGCCGCGUAAUUUUUUUGUUUGUGCUUUUUGUAGCAUUUUACAUUAUACAAAAGGCAUACAGUAUGUUUGAGUCAUUCACUUAAUUUUAAUAGAAUGACAUUGUAUUUUAGAGUGGAUCUCUGUCUCUAAUCAUAAAGAUUAUUGUGUGUUUUAAGGGCCUCUUCAUUGCUCCUUAUGUGCCAUCUGUUGUAUCUUACAAUCCAGUAAAGUUGUCCUGUUAUCCAGUACUUAAAGGAUAUAGAUUGUUUUGACAGGAGCAGACAUUUCCUUGAGAUAUUCACCCAGCUAAAUUUAUUUCCUUAACUCAUGAGAAAAAAACAAUUAUUUGAGAACAAAUCUUUACUGACGACAGUUAAACAAUGGUCUGUUUAACUGAUGGCAGCAUUUUUUGGAUGGACUGCAUUUUCACUUCUGCAGUCUUGAAAAGUUUUCUGAAAUUCCAACCCACACUCCUGUAAAUACAGCACAGCAGAUGGGAAUAAUGUCUUCCCACUUGAGUUUGUUACCUUAGGUAAGGUACUGCCAUUGUUCAGUCACCUCAGAAACAAUCUUACCUAAAUUGCAUUGUUAUGAAAUUAAAAUAUGAUUCCUGAAUAGACUUGUCUGAAAGUCUUUCUGUCUUCAUACAGUAUAAUGUAUAGUUUAUGUAUUUGUAAAGGAAAAGAAGGUUUGUACAUUAAUGGAGAGGCAAGAUACACAGUAAUAUCAGUUGAUCUGAAAUAGGUUGUUUAAGUUCGGGGUUUCUUCCCAACUGUAAAGUUUAAAUUUAUCUGCCUCCUACAGUGAGGUCAACAGAGCUACAUGCUUGGGUGAAACUGAAAAGCAGCUGCAGUUUGAAACUGACCAUUGCAGGCCUUACAGAUGAAUUGUUCACACAGUCUCUUAUACUAAGAAUUACAUUUUUCGUGUGGGGGUGUUUGGGGAAAAAAUGGUAAGUGACUAAACUUCAUCAACAAUACCAAAGUAUUUAUUUGGGCUACAGAAUUGUUUGCUGUAACCUGGCAGAUUGCAGUAAAACAAAAGUAACCACUCUUGAUUGGAAAUGGAAAUUGAUUCAAAAACAAUUUUGGGAAAACAUAUUGACCUUUGAAGGGAGCUAACAAUAUUGCAGCCAGACUACAAUCUUUAAGGUGCAAAAAGGUGGCAUUUAUCCGUUUCAAAGCAUUUUGAUUUUUUUGCUGAAACCUAUCAAACUGUGGCUGCCAAGAAGAUGAAAUAUAUUGAGAACACACUCCUGUGAUUAAAAAAGCCCCUGCCUGGCUUUCACAAUGAAUGUAAAUGUGCUUACAAAAGACUCCUUUAAGCAUACCACUGUAAUACUUUAUUGCUAUUCUGUUUUCAUUGUAGUUGUUAUCAAGGAUUAGUUCUCUCACUCUUCGACCCUGAAAUUGUGAAAUGCAGUGUGUGAUCUGGUUGAUCAAAUACUUUCUCACUUCUUAGAGAGUGUAACUAUUUGUAUUAUGCCUCUAAAGUCUGCUCAUUGUAGCUUGUUAUAUAUCAGAAAUAAACUGAAUUCAGUUGUGGGACAUGGGUAACUGUAACCGCUAGGCUAUUGCCAUAGCUUAGGGGUCUUGAAUUUUCACUACAGUCAUGGUUUCCCUGCCACGUUCUAUGAAUGUUGACUUCAGCGACUAUUUAUGGGCUCAAUAAAAUCUGCAAUUCUUAUGAGAUUCAUUUGCAAAAUGGUUUUAAUCUCAGAGAGUACAAGGAUAAUCAUCAGAAGACAUUAAGAGUCAAUAUAUAAAAUAACAUUUGCUUUUUUAGUUGCAUUAACAAUUUACAUUUUCUUUUUGAUUGGUUUACAGAUGUGUUUUCAUUUGCAUGACACAAAAUUUGGUGUCAUAAAAUCAAGUUACGGAUGUAGUGGUAUCAUGCUUUGAUUUGACUUAGGUGCUUUGUCCUGGAUUUUCUUGAGUGUGGUUUGGGAAAUCUUGUCUGUAUGUUUUCUGUGAAGCCUUUGCCUAGCUGUCAGAUGAAGACUGAUGAAGAUCCAUGCCUUUCUACUUUUAUAGCCUUUUAAUUUUUCUGCCUUAUCUUUAAAUUUAAUAUUUGUCCUUAUCUGUAUUGUCUGCAGAGGUAAAGGACUAAUGUGCAAUCUUCUUCUCAUUGUCUUUUCCUCUUUCUCAAUAUGGUCUUUCAGAAUUGAUAGGGGAGCUAAUAUUUUAUUGCUGUCACCAAGAAAACAUUUGCUACUGAAUUGUUUACAGUGAAAUAAAACCAAAACAUUUACCUUCAGCUGUAAAAAAGAAAUGUGUAAGUUAAAUGUGUUAACUAAAAAAAUGUGUUAAUCUUUCUCAAAUACUCACAACUGGUUUAGAACAUUAGCUUGUACCAUUGAAUGUAAAUACUGUUUACAGGGGACAGUUUAAAUUGAUGUUUUUAAACAUUUCAUUAGAAUGCCAUUUGACCUUUAUCAGUCUUGCCUUAAUUUGCUGUACAAGUCAUACGAGAUCUCUAUGUGCAACACAUACGUCUUUCCUUCUGAAAUGGAGAUAAAGUGGAGAUAAAACCAUGUACAAUUAGCCAAAUGUUUGCCAUGUGUAAUAUAUUUUGAUCAUUUUUACAUUUCUCUGGUUACAUCUUAAAUUUUUUCUCAAAACAAGAUUAUCAUGAAAUUUUUCUUUGGUUUUAUUUUUAGUCUUGAUAUGAUUUUGAUUUUACUGACAAAAACAUAGGUGUUUUACAUUUCUCCUAUUUGGUCUUGAAAACACUAUUAAGAAAGUAAUCAAAUCUACUGCUAAAUCUUCAUUUACACUCCAAUCACACAAGACUUUUUAGAAACUUAUUUGAUGCUUCACCAUGGGCUGUAAUGCUGCAGAAUGUGCAAUCUGAGCAAACGAUCAUGGUGGCGCAAAGAUCCUGUGCUACACCAUUUUGAUAGUGGGAAUUUAGAUGAACAAUAAUCCUGGAAGUAGUUGUCAGGCCUUAUUUUACUUGAUCACACUACAGUGGUUCUGCUAGCCCACUGAUGUCACAUGAAGAUGUGCUGAGACUCACAAAGCCACCACCAUCCACAGAUGAAAUGGAGAAGAUGCAGUACAGUAUGUCAAGUAACUGCAAGAACCUGCACCAUUCUGGAACCGAAUCAUUGCAUCUUAUACUGCCUGGCCAUUCACUUAAAAGUGAUGUUUAUAUACUGUAUAUCGAACCUUCCUGAAAUAACACGGGAGAAAAAGACAAAUCUAAUAUGAGAAUUGGGAAGCCAUACUUUCAUUUUUCUAGAAAAACGUUUUGGAUUUUUUUCAAUCAAGAUUUAAUUUUAUAUUCAGAAAAACAUGAAUAAAUGAGCACACACACCUGAUUAACAUGCACAUGAGAAAAUAGCACUUGGAAAAAAAUAGCAUAUACUUUUUGUAUCCUAUUAAUUUUGGUCUAUUCAGAUUAAUUUCCAAACAUACAAUUUCUUUUUUUAUUUGUACUACAUAUCCUUGUUUUAGGAGAAGGCAAAAACUAAUCCUACCAUGUAUACCUCAUAGGAAUUCUACUCAUUGCUCAAUUAGUUUUUGACCUUUUUUUCCUACCAGCAUUUAACUGCUAUAUAUUGUACGUGCCAUGUGUAAUUUGAACAACCAGCUGCCUUCCAAAGAGAUGAACCACAUCUUAUCACUGAUAAGCACUGAAGACAUCCGUUUUAAAAUCUCUCAGGAGAGUCUUGCUUUAGUUACGGUUUACACAUGAUAAGGAUACAGAAUUCCGUAAAACCUUGCAAAAAUUCUCCUCCUCCCCUUAAUUGGCUAUAUAAAUUAAAAUUUUCAAAGUAAAGAAAUACUGUACAACAUGUCAAGUCAUAAAUACACCUGGUUUUGUCACAUUUUGGAAUGUUUGAUUCUAAAGAUUCACUGAAAAUAUUAACAUAACCAUGGCCAUCAUGGAAUGGUUUAAAAGUUACAACCUUUACCAAUAUACCGAAGUUAAUAAAUCAAAACAAAUAGAAUAGACUUGCAGACAUUUUAAAGAGAUCUAAAUCAGCUGGAGUAUCCCAUAACAUCAGCUAGUUUGCAUGAUCGGGACAAAGCUUCACUGCUGAAAGUAUUUUUGCUCCAUGGUUGGAGUACAGAUGAAUUGUAAACCACUUAGCCUUUAAUCUCAGUGAGAAAGCAACUCUAUCUGCAUGUUUCCUGAUUGGUUUCGCUCCAUUGAAAACAUCAAAUAACAUUUAUUGAUACUUAUGAGAAUUAAGCAAGGCUUUCACCUUGUUUCAUUCGAUGAAUGUUUUUUUUGUUUCUCAAGAACUAUGAUUUUGUAAUGAGGCUUUUGCACAUGUGUGUUUUGUAUUGUUUCCGUCAAACAUUCAUUACACCAACAGAUCAUUUUCUCUGACCUAUGUAAGGUUUUGAAUUUGUCACCUGAUGUUACAGUCUGAGUGUUUACUCUCUGCCAUUUGUAAAUUCAAUUAAGGCAGUUCUUUGUAAGGUGACAAAUACCUGAAAACUGCUACAAACUGUAUAUAAUUGAAGUCAUGUGCCAUUUGUGCUUGGAAACUGCUUGUACUUUGCAAUUGUUUGUCUCAAUGCUCCCCCUGGUGGAAGCUCAGGGAUUUUAUGGUCUGGUGUGUUUCUCUUUCUGUAAUGUUGCUUCCAGUAGGCCGGCUUUCCCAGACUGAUUAUGCAAUUCCCUUCAACAAGAUUGCAUUUUACAUCAAAAUGUUAUAAGAAAAAAAAAAUAAAAAUAAAGAGUGACAUAGUAAGGAAUGUA